CAACCAAUCACAGUGGCUGAUAGAACCCCAGCUGUUGCUAAGUAACGUUUGUUUGGUGUAAUGUUAGUUGAACUAUCAGGGCUGUUUGGGAAAACUACGGUUGCGUUAGUUUUUCUAACAAUACUUCAAUUUUUUGAUAAAAGUAGGCCUAGCUAUCUCGACACUUUACAGAAAAUAUAGGCUAUAUUUAUACCUUUUUAAGCUAUGGCUCUUGAAACACAGGGAGUGCCUCAACUUGAACUGGAGGCUGUUAUUGGGUUCAACGGGCAUGUGUUUUCUGGCCUGAGAGUCCAUCCAGACAGAGAGCAUCUAAUCUAUCCUCUGGGAUGCACAGUCAUCCUAAAGAGAAUCAAAGAUGGCAAACAGGAGUUCCUGCAUGGACACACCAACAAUGUAUCCUGCAUUUCAGUGUCCAAAAGUGGAUUAUAUAUUGCCUCCGGACAGGUCAACUUCAUGGGCUUUCAGGCUAUGAUUAUCAUCUGGGACUAUGCACAGCGAACAAUCUAUGCCCAGCUGCUGCUCCACAAGGCAAAGGUAGAGGCACUGGCUUUCUCUCCCAACAGCAAGUACCUGGUGUCCCUUGGAGGCCAGGAUGAUGGCAGCAUAGUGGUAUGGGAUAUUGAGACCAAGCAGGCCAUCUGUGGGAGCCCAGCUGCAGCGCACAGCGCUGGUCACUGCCUCACUGUGCAGUACUCUAACACAAACAACAAUAUAUUUGUUUCUGCCGGGAGCGGAACAUUGCGUGUCUGGGAGCUGGACCUCCCCAACAGGAAGAUCAGGCCUACCGAGUGUCAGACAGGCAAGCUGAAAAGGAUUGUGAAAUGUAUAGAGAUUGCAGAGGAUGAUACAUUCAUUUUCUGUGGCACCACCAGUGGAGACAUAAUGAAAAUCAACCUGAAGACGGGGCUUCUGAGUGACUAUGGUCCAGUUAAAGCAAAAUACAGCCUGGGUGUUAAUGUCAUAAGGAUACUGAAGUCUGGAGACCUGCUUGUAGGCUCGGGAUCUGGCACCUUCACUCUGUGUUCCAAGACUAACUUCAAAACUCUUCAGAAAGUCCAGCUGGAAAAGGGGGUAACCUCCAUCGCUAUAAGAGGGGAGGGCCAGCAGUUCUUUGUUGGAACGGAGGCUGCUCAGAUGUACCGCUUCAGUUAUGAGAACUUCAAAUCUGAACUAAUUUCCACUAGCCACAACAGUGCUGUCAAGGACGUGGCCAUAUCUUUUGGAACAUCAGAAUUAUUUGCCACCUGCUCUGAGGAGGACAUCAGGUUGUGGCACAUAGACAAGCCCAAAGAGCUGCUGCGCAUUACUGUACCCAACAUGACUUGCAAUUCCCUGGACUUCAUGGUUGAUGGACAUAGCAUAAUCAGUGCAUGGAAUGAUGGUAAGAUUCGUGUGUUUGCGCCGGAAAGUGGCCGGCUCAUGCUCAUCGUUCACAAUGCGCACAGAAUGGGUGUGACAGCAAUCGCUGGCACCAGGGACUGCAAGAGGAUCAUCAGUGGAGGGGGGGAAGGGCAGGUGCGUGUUUGGGAGCUGCAGUCACACGGCCAUCGGCUGCUGGAGACCAUGAAAGAGCACAAAGCCACCAUCAAUUGUAUCAAAAUCAAGAGUGACGACAAAGAGUGUGUCACUGCCAGCUCUGAUGGUGCCUGCAUCAUCUGGGACUUGGUGCGGUUUGCAAGUCUUCAAAUGGUGAUUGCCAACACACUGUUCCGGACGGUGUGCUACCACCCAGAAGAAUACCAGCUCAUUACCAGUGGCACUGACAGAAAGGUGGCCUUCUGGGACGUGUACGACGGAUCUGCCAUUAGAGAACUGGAGGGCUCGCUGUCUGGGGCCAUCAAUGGCAUGCACAUCACACAGGAUGGCAAACACUUUGUGACAGGUGGAGAUGACAAGCUGGUGAAGGUGUGGGACUACAUGGAAGGUGCAGUAACCCACACAGGAAUAGCUCAUGGUGGCAGUAUCACCAGCAUCAAGGUCUGCUCCAACAACCGCACCUUAGUCAGCACCAGCGCAGAUGGAGCCAUUCUCCGAUGGCGGUUCCCUCACGCCUCUUCCUCUUAAUGUGACACAUGGAAUACUGGACAUGUCAUGUGGAAGAAACAGACACUUUUAAUCCAGUAACACCGUAUGAUAUGCAAAUGCAGCCAACAUUCUCCCUUAAUCUUUCCACUUAGUAAAUGUUCCUAUCAGAGUUCAAUGUUAACUUUCCUAUCAAAAGUUAACAUUGCAGAAUAGGUUUACACUCUAGCACCAAAAGAAAUAAAUGUAAAAUUUCAAGCAUUAA